AUGGUCGCUAGAGCUAAAGCUCUGAACACGUCAGCAGUAAAAUGGGUGGCUUUGAUAACGUGUGUGUUUCUAUCGUGUUACAGAAUAAUGAUGCGUUGUAGUUUGUUACUUUUAACUGAUAAUCAAUCAUGUAACGAUUCUUAUUACAAAAUACCUCUACAAGUUACUAACUCUGGAAUAAACCCUAUAGCUUAUCGGCUUUCCUCAAAAGAGAUAUAAAACAAGGCUUUUCUUCAAAACUGAGACGUCGUAAAUAAACAACAUAAUAGUUCCGACACAAGAAAAACAUUAGCUGAUGCAUAUACUUAAAACUUUCCUAGAUCCCGAGGACUUCCGGUUCAGAAUCUAUCUGUGACAUAUUACUUCUUAUCUAAACUGCUGUUCAGUUAAAAAGCUUCUGAUGAAACAAAGAUAAGUCACCUGUUUAAGAGAAGUAAUGUUGAUAUUACAUGUCUUUAAUAUUUAAGACCGCAUAUCGAUUAUUUUGAGGCCAUACUUUACUGGAGAAAAUAUUCUUCUUAAAUCAGUCAUUUUAAACCGGCACGUAUUUCAGUCUUAGAAACAUCUGGUUCUUAUGACAAUGAGCUUGCGAUGUGUAUUUUAAUGAUAUAGAGUAAAAUAUAUCAUUUUCCUCCUCAAUUUUGCUGUGUUUUUAGAACAGUCCACUGUAUGUAAUAUAUUUCGAUGUUUUAGAGUAUUAUGUUCUUGCCGAAGAAGUACAUCAAUAAUAAAUUUGAAACGAUAAAUGCUGAAAAACAAGAGCUGAAUUGUCUGAAUUUCGUCUACGACAGUCGAUUUGCCUGGUAAUGGAUGUGGUAACGAUCUUUAUUACAAAGUACCUGUACAAGUUAUUAACUCCGGAAUAAACCCAAUAGUUUACGCUUUCUUUAAAAGAGAUAUAAAGCAAGAAUGCGAAAGGCUUCUUUUCAAAAGGCGUCGUUAAUUAACAACCUAGCAGUUCAAGCGACGCAAGAAAAACUUAAGCUGAUACAUCAACUCAAAUUUCUCCUAUAUUAUGUGGACAUCCUAUUCUGGAUCCAUCUUUGAUGUCUUAGUUUUCUUUUUAAUUGCUUUUUAGUUAAAAAGCUUUGAAAAGCUCAAACGAAGAGUAGCCACCUGUUUAAGAAUACAGUGAUGAUAUUACAUUUAUUUCCUAGAUUUAGGACGACAUAUCGAAUACAUUGAGGCCGUACUUUACUGAAGAAAAUGAUUGUAGAAGCUUAUUUACAUUUUAGUCUUUGAAAUGUCUAGGUCUUGCGUUGUAUAUUUUAAUGAUAAAGAAUUAAAAAAAAUCAUUUUCCUCUUUAAUUUUGCUGUAUUUUUUACAACAGUCCGCCAGUACUAGUCCGCUGUAUGUUCCCUUCAAUGUUUUAGAGUAUUAUGUUCUGGUUGAUGAAGUACAUCAAUAAUGACUUUGAGACGAUAAAUGCUGAAAAACAAGAGCCGAAUUGUCUGAAUUUUGUCCGACGACAGUCGAUUUGCAUACGUACAACUUCCCCAUAAGCUGUGUUUAAUUUAGCGGGGAAUUGAUGGCCUUUAAAACGGGUAUGGAAACGAGUUAUUUGGUUUCAACUGAUGUAGAACAAGCUGUCGAUAACAGCACAAAUUAAACAGAGAUUGAACAUGAAAUUUUGGCAAAGUAACCGACGAAAUCAGCAGGCCGGCAAGUAGAAACAGGAAAGGCAAACAAAUGUCUACAAAAAUACUAAGUGCUAAGAAGUAAGGAAAACAUUCCACUACUUCUCGUGUCUUUCCCGUACAUCACUUUCGCGCUCUAGCCGCUUCCGAAGUGCUUUACGACAAAACAGAGCUUCGAGGCUUCUUUAUUUCUUAAAAUGUCUUUAACUUGAUAGUAAAGGGGGGCGAUUUACGCUUAACACUGACCGAUUGAUAAUUUUGAAAUUAUUGUUAUUAAAAAUAUUUAGUGUUGGGUAAGUUUCGUUUAUUUUCAUAUUUGAACUAUCAUGCUGUAUUGAUAUUCUUAUAAAAGGAACGCCGUAAUUUCCUUUGAAUUAAAACACACUAGAGUAUGAAGUCAAAAAAGUUCCGCGUUUGUUAUUUGGUUUAUUCGUCUUGAAAACCAAUUAAUGGGCGUUUAACUCCGUGGACAAAGCGUCUGACGCUCUGUUAUUAAGUGAUGGAUGUUUGCAGCCCUGAAUAUGACUUAAUUAAACAGCAUAUAUAUUGCCCUACUUGUGUUUUCUUUUGGAGAUAAUGUGCAUAAUUCUAGUCUUUUUUCUUGCAUCCAUGUUUCUUGUUGUUUACAAUCUGAACUCUAGAGACCACAAUUUAGCUAAGCAAUUGCGGUUUAAUCAGCCGGUCUCUCUCUCUCAAAAUACUUCUGCAAGUUAUUAACUCUGGGAUAAACCCUAUAGCUUAUGCUUUCUUCAAAAGAGAUAUAAAGCAUAAAUGUGGUAACGAUUUUUAUUACAACAUAACUCUACAAGUUAUUAACCCCAGAAUUAACCCUAAAGUUUACGCUUUCUUCAAAAGAGAUAUAAAGCAAGAAUGCGGAAGGCUUCUCUUCAAAAGACGUCGCUGUUUAACAGCAGAGUAGUUCCCACGCAAGAAAAACAUUAGCUGAUGCAACUUUCUUAGAUCCCGAGGACUUCCGGUUCAGAAUCUAUUGGUGACAUAUUAAUUCUUAUCUAAACUGCUGUUCAGUUAAAAAGCUUCCGAUGAAACGAAGUCACCUGUUUAAUAGAAGUACUGUUGAUAAUACAUAUGUCUCGAAUAUUUAAGACCGCAUAUUGAUUAUUUGGAGGUCGUACUUUACUGGAGAAAAUGUUUUUCUUAACUUAACAAUUUUAGCUGGCAUGGCAUACAUUUUAGUCUUAAAAACAUCUGGUUCUUAUAACUAUGAGCUUGCGUUGUAUAUUUUAAUGAUAUGCAGUAAAAAAUACCAUUUUCCUCCUCAAUUUUGCUGUGUUUUUUACUGUAUGUUCUCUUCAAUGUUUUAGAGUAUUAAGCUCUUGUUGAUGAAUUACAUGAUAACUUUGAAAAGACAAAUGCUGGAAAAAAGUGCUGAAUUGACUGAAUUUUUGUCAACGACAGUCGAUUUGCAUAUGUGCAACUUCCCCAUGAACUGUGUUUAAUUUAGCGGGGAAUACAUCAUCACCUUAAAGAGUCAAUACCGAUGUAAGAUUCAUGAUAUAAAUACUUUUAAUUUCCCUGUUUUCAUUUGGAAAUUUUUUUAACAUUUGGUAGCGUAGGUAACAUUUCUAACACGUUUUUAUUCCAUGAAAACUUAUCUUGGAGAUGCUCGUCAAGGAAAACCUUGGACUAAAAAUGAAAUACUUGCCAACUUGUCAGUGACAAGUAUUCAAGUCAUGUAAUCCAUCGGUCGUAUGUCAAGAGAGAUUGUCAAAGGCGAACGCUUUCAGGAAAUUUUAGAACGUUUUCUUAAUAAGUCUUUGGGAAACGUUUUCAAUUUCUGCCAGUGUGUUAAGCAAACUCUUUUUCAAGGAAAAGUGACGCCCCUGACCAACAAGUUUUGCACAUGAUGACCUUUAAAACGAGUAUGAAAACGAGUUGUUUGGUUUCAACUGAUAUAGAACAAGCUGUUGAUAACAGCACAAAUUACGUGGAGAUAGAAAGUGAAAUUUCGGCAAAAUAACCGACGAAAACACCAAGCCGGCAAGUAGCAACAUGAAAGGCAAAUAAAGGUCUGAAACAUGCCAAGCGCUAAGAAAUAGGGAAAACAUUCCACUACGUCUCGUGUUUUUCCCCACAUCACUUUCGCAUUAUAUUCUAGCCGCUUCCCAAGUGCUUUACGACAACGCAGAGCUUCGAGGCUUCUUUAUUUGUUAAAACGUUUUUAACUUGAUAGUAAAGGGGGCGAUUUACACUUAACACUGACCGAUUUAUAAUUUUGAAAUUGUUGUUAUUUAAAAUAUUUAGUGUAAGGUAAGUUUCGUUUCUUAUCAUAUUUGAACCAUCAUGCUGUAUUGAUAUUCUCUAAAAAAGACUGCCGUAAUUUCCUUUGAAUAAAACACAUCAGAAGAUGAAGUCAAAAAUGUUCCGCGUUUGUUAUCGAUUUCUAAUUGGUUCGUUCUUCUUGAAAAUCAAUUAAUGGGCGUUUAACUCCGUGCACAAAGCGUCUGACAAAAGAAAGUGAAGGAUGUUUGCAGCCUUAAGUAAAACAUAACAUAAGUAAACAAGAGAUAUCGGCCUAAUUAACUUUUAGGCAGGCUAAAUGGGGCCAGAUGGUUGAUUAAGAACUAAAUAUAAAAACAGUUUUUAAUAUUAAAACCUUUCAAAACACUCUUGGCUUGACCUAAGAAAGAAAUUGAAAAGUCCUAGACAGCCAUUAGAAGAAAUUCAAUGGAAAUGUGGUUUUGGGUUCUUGGCUGGUUCCUCAGCAUUCUCACGAUGGUUGUAAAUGGAUUUGUCAUCUUCCUCGUCUGCAGUAAACGUCAGCUUCUCACCAAAACCAACACAUUCAUCGUGUCUUUAGCAGUGGCUGAUUUUGGUGUCGGGAUGACUGCUAUUCCUUCACGCUUUUUCUGCAGACUUACAACCGAAUGCCCUCCAAGCUCCAAAGAGGGAUUAAUUAUGAUAUUUGUAAGGGUGUUCACUUUUUACGCCUCUGGAACAAACUUGGUUAAUUUAGUACUGGAACGUUAUGUUGCUGUGGUGAAACCUUUGAAAUACUUAAAUUUUAUGACGCGCCGUCGAGUGAUUCAAAUGGUUCUAACAUCUUGGGGAAUUCCUUUUCUUUUCAUUCUUAUUUUAGUGUCGACUAGACUCAUUGCAAUCGAUCGUAUCAUGGCUAUGCUCGGCUACUUGUGUUUGCUUUUCGAGAUAAUCUUGUGCGUAAUUCUAAUCUUUUUUCUUGCAUCCAUGUUUCUCGUUGUUUACAAUCUGAACUCUAGAGAUCGCAAUUUAGCUAAGCAAUUGCGGUUUAAUAAAAUGGUCGCUAAAGCUAAAACUCAGAACACUUCAGCAGUGAAAUGGGUGGCUUUGAUAACGUGUGUGUUUCUAUCGUGUUAUGGAAUAAUGAUGCGUUGUAGUUUGUUAUUUUUAAUUGUUCAAUCGUGUGACGAUUUUCGUUACAAAAUUCCUCUACAAGUUAUUAACUCUGGAAUAAACCCAAUAGUUUACGCUUUCUUCAAAAGAGAUAUAAAGCAAGAAUGCAAAAGGCUUCUCUUCAAAAGGCGUCGUUAA